AUGGACAUUCGACAAUGGCUAGACGAGACCGUGCAAUUCCAUCUUGAUCCAAAGCUGCCCGAGCAAUCUGGUUUCGACCCUUCCAACUAUCCUGGAAAGCCUGGGCCCGUGUCCAGAGGAAGACAUGGGCGAAAGCCCAGUAAAUCGGACAGCUCACUGCUAGACCCUCCUGCUCUGCGGGAGAAGACGCCGACGAAGAAGAAGCGAAGACCCCCUACCGAGAACAGUACAGACCAAAGUGCCGAGAGCGACGCACUUCAUGCCACACACACUGUAUCCCCGGGGAGUAGCAUAUCGAGCCAGCGAUAUGCACGAAGGCCUCGCCGGAAGACGCGCCCGGAGCGCUAUGAGCCCUCAUCAAAGGCUGUCGAGGAGCGGGGAAAGCAUGCAUAUCGAGGCCGCAACGGCGAAUCAACGAGGUCGCGGCACAAGUCCAAGCGCAAGAAGGGUGAGAAGCCAUGCAGCGGGAUAGUGCAAAGCUUCCAUGCCAAGAACGUGUCUGGGGAUCGGCUGACUUUGAAGCCUCGGGAGCAGCUCGGCCUUUUCAACAAGGGGAAGACAUCGAUGGCGGUCAAGGGUCGUGGUUGUAUGCUUCUCCUUGUGCUGCCGGAUCUAGUCUUCUCAGAGAUGAAGUUCUUGCAGCAACACAAAGACCAACCGGAGCCCACCCCUCAGGCAGGGGUCCUUGAGAAGAGGCGCAAGAGUGAUCACGCACACAUGAAGGAGGGAGAAAUUUCCGCCUUCUUCACCUCUGUGCGUCCAGCGCUGGCAGAAAGAGAUGACAAUACCCAGAUGAAUGGGGGUCGCCACUCUCUUGACACACCACUCGAGGCCAGUCGUCCCGAGCGAGAGCCAUCUUUGGUUGGCGACGUCGCUACACCCACGAUACCCACGGUCGACAUGCCUGAUAAGGCAUCAUAUCUGGGAUCUGGGGGCAGAGGGUUGCGCCAUGAGAGCACAAGUGUCAUGUCCUGGUCAGAAUCCUCCGCGCCUCGACGGACAAAUGGUACCUCGGAAAGGUUUGUAUUGUCCUCAACGGCUCCAUCGCUGCACAGAGUGUCUAGAUCCCAGUCCUAUCCUCAGCAUACCUCUUCGCCACGACGAGUAAACCUUGUUGGUCGAGCUGCAAAGUUUCAAAGCACGGAUUCUGUUGACUCUCCGUCUUCGAUGCCAUCUGUCUUACCUGUUCGUGUAAGCGUGGACGCUCAGCAAGUCCGAAAUACACCCAGCUCAAAAGCAACCUCUCGUUCAGGUACAAAUAGCUUUUCAAACCAUAGGCAGCCUGCCGUAAAUGGAGAAGAGAAUAUUGCUGGUGUUGAUCCACCAGCAUCCUCAGGCUUUGGCAGACUUUUACGACAGUGCAAUAGUACAGUUUACGAGAGCCGCCAGAUAGUCUCGCCACACAGAAGGCAGACCGUGCGAAACGCCCCGUCAUCGUCACCGUUUGUUUACAAAGUAGAAGGACAAACCUCUAUGGAUCGAUGCUAUACAAGCCCUCGGGUGCCAACGGUGCGCUUUGCGGGUAUAGAGAGUCGGGCGCCGCCGUUAGCGAGCUUCGCUGGUCCCAGCAUUUACGAACAACAAGCGCAGCGACUGCAGCGUACUGAGGAGAGGAACUUGCUGGAUGAUUUUGAUGUCAUCGAGCAGGACUACCUGGACGGAGAUGGUGAUAUGGGAUAUGCCAAUCAGAGCUGGGAGGGACUACCAGAAGAGCCCAGAUGCCAUGAAGGAGUGGUGUCGGAAGGCGCUGAAAGACAUUUGGUGCUAGGUAAUACUGUAGUCGCGCCAGGAUUUUGGCGACCGAAUCGAUUGUAUUGA